UCAUUGCCACAAAGAUGACUUAGAAAUUCUGUGCAGGAUGUUGACCCUACGGUACAGUACAGUACAGUAUAGUACAGUACAAUUCAUUCAAACAUUAAAAGAAUUCCAAUGAGAAGAAUUGCACUGUUGCCUUAUUUUUCACUCAGUUUAAGGUUCUAUUUCUUUCAUUGCUAGCUCUUGAGAACAACUUUGGAACCAACUUGUCAUGCCAAGCCAUGAUUUAAGAACUUCCAAAAUGGCAUUGUUCCAAAUCCCUCCCAUGCAGGAAGUGCUAUUUUAAAGAAAAGAACUUCGCUCUGGGAGAACCUCAGUUUGGGAACAUUUUCUUCCUCAAAAGAUUCAGCAAAGGUUGCAAUCCUAUUGAGAGCAUCUUCAAAAUUGUGGCAUAUACAAGAGAUUAUCAGUGGCAUGGAAGCUUUCAGAAUUUGGUUGACUCUGGCUGUACUUUGCAAUUUUUGUGAAAGAAUUAUGCCAUGUGGUCUGUCAACACAUAUUGAAAUAGCUCAUAGAGGGCUGGAAUUUUUCAGCCAGCAAGAUGGACAAGUUGACUAUCGUAAGUUAAUACUAGCUCACCAAGAUGCAUAUCAAGCAGGAAGUCUAUAUCCUGAUGCUUUUUAUUCUGGCAUCUGCCAAAACGGGUUGUACCAUUAUGUUUCGGAAGACACUCACUGGUCACCUUUUCUCAAAACAAGUAUCCAUUACAUCAGAAAGAACUAUCCGCAGCCAUGGGAUGAGGCUACAGAGAAGCUGGUGGCUUUUCUCUUUGGGAUUGCCUCGCACAUGGUGGCAGAUGUAAGCUGGCACAGCCUGGGGAUUGAACAAGGAUUUCUACGGGCCAUGGCAGCUAUUGAUUUUCAUGGCUCGUAUUCACAAGCUCAUUCUACUGGUGAUUUUGGGGGAGACGUGUUAAGCCAAUAUGAUCUUGAUUUUGAUUAUUUGAAAGCAAGCUGGUAUGUACCUGUUAAAGAUUUACUGUCAAUCUAUGAGGAUUAUUAUGGAAAGGAGGUGAUAACUGAAAAUACUAUCGUUGACUGCACAUAUCUGCAACUCCUUGAUCUCUAUGCUGAGAUCAUCGCUGCUGCCAAGCUUUACCCCAUCUAUGCCAAUAAGUCCCCAUUUUUAGUGGACAAGUUCUAUGACUAUUUCCUUGGCGGAGUGGAUGAUAUGGCAUUCUCAUCUAAUAAUAUUUUUCAGUUAACCAGUUGGAUGUUAAACUAUGGGACUAGUGGCUGCUUUAUUCCCGAGAAUCCUUUGUUUAUACGGUGUGAAGAUGAACAGAGAAACUUUUCGAUGUUUAAAGAAUCCAGAACUCAACACCACAGGAAGAUAACUUCUGAAGUGGCCAAAUCAGUUGAAAAUAAUAUCAGUUACACGGAAAGAGGAGUUUAUUUAAAAUUUCCCCAUUGGACAAUGUUCCAAAAUAGUGACACAGCAGAGCGUUUGAUGAACGUGCUGGGAGUCACACAGCGACACUCACUGAAAUAUAUCACCAAGCCCAGUGCUUCAUAUUUUCUGAAAACUCCAUAUGCAAAACUCGGAUCGGCUAUGACUUCAGCUGACCUAAAUCAGGAUGGAUACGAUGACCUGGUGGUUGGAGCACCAGGUUACAGCCAGCUUGGACACAUUCAGUUGGGACGUGUCUAUAUUGUUUAUGGUAAUGAAUCAGGUUUGCCUCAUUCCAACCUGGACCUUGAUCAAGAAGCAGAUGAAAUACUAGAAGGCACUAAGCCUUCAGGAAGAUUUGGUUCUGCCAUAGCAAUUUUGGACUUCAAUGUGGAUGGAAUAUUGGAUCUUGCAGUAGGAGCCCCAUCAGUAGGAGCCCAGGAGCUUAGUUACAGGGGUUCUGUAUAUAUAUUUCUUGGCAACAGAGGAGGAGCUUUCCACAGUCUUCCAAAUAUUACCAUAAUUUGUCAAGACAGAUAUUGUAAUCUAGGCUGGUCCCUGAUGACAGCUGAUGUUGACAGGAAUGGAGAUAAUGACCUUGUGCUUGGUUCCCCAUAUGCACCUGCUGGUGGGAUACAAAGAGGAUUUGUGGCUUCUUUUUAUUCUUCCUCUCACAGAAACGGGCAAAGCCUGCUCUUUGUAUCAGAUGCUGACUGGAUGGUAAAAGGAAAAACAGAUUAUGGUUGGUUUGGCUCAUCACUCAGCAGUGUCCAGUUCCUAAAUAAAACCUUGCUGCUUAUUGGAAGUCCUUUCGGGAAAAAUUGUAGAAGCUUAGGGUGCUAUUUCUCUGAAAGGCAAGCUGUUGGAACGGUAUAUGGUUAUAUCCCACCAAACACAAAAAGCUGGUUCACUUUAAGUGGGGAUGAUGAAAAUGGGAAAUUUGGUUCAGCUUUGGCAACCGGUUUCCUUUCCAUAGAAGGUAUCGCCCAGCAAGUACUGGUAGUUGGCGCACCAACGCAAGGCAGCGUCUCCAGGAUUUCAUUUAUAUCCUCAGCACUACACCAAGCAGGAAGUGUUUUGAUAUAUGACUUGAUGGGAAAUGGCACACCUUCCUUACUCAGCACAUUCAAUGGAGACAGGAGAUUUUCACGCUUUGGAGAAGAGGUGCACUUACGGGAUCUGAACAACGAUGGACUUGAUGAAAUGAUUGUGUCAUCGCCUCUUCGAAACCAAAAAAUUAUGGGUGGAUUGUUUGGAGAACAAGUUGGAUAUAUUUAUAUAUACAGUGGAAACCAGACCACUUCAGGUCAUGUGACAGACCACUGCAAAUCAUGGAUUUCCCCUUGUCCUGAAGAAUGGGCACAGUAUGUUAUAAUUUCUCCAGAGGAAAAAUCAAGAUUUGGGAGUGCUCUUCUUACAAUAAAAACUGGAGAAAAGGUAAUUAAAACAGGUAGUACUGGUUUUUCCUCACAAUGGAAAACAAGCCCAGAUUGUAAAUCAUUUGCUGUUUAUUACUACUAUUACGAAGAAAAUGUACUGAAUUGACUUUUAACCCACAGAAAACCAAAAUCAUUUGUGGAAAACUCCAUGCUUGCUACAUCUUUCCCCCCUGAUCAUUUAGCAUUUAAUGGUAGCUUUCCAAUCUGACUUUUUGUUUUCCGUUCAAUGGUGUCUGAUACUUGGAUGACUGCCUAGACAAAUCCAUGCAGUUUUCUUGUCAAGGUUUUUCAGAAAUGGUUUGCCAUUGCCCAUUUUCCUAACCCUGAGAUAGAUUGACUGGCCCAAAAUCACUCAGCUGGCUGAGGAAUUCUGGGAGUUGAAGUCCACAAGCCAAGAUUGGAGACCCCUGCUCUAGUCCACUGCCUUAAAGCUUAAUCACUAAACCAAACUGUCUCUUCAACUAAUUUAGUGCCCUCCAGAUGUGUGGAAAGUAUAAUUUCCCCAAUUCCUAGAUGAAGGCCAUGUCAGCUGAAAAUUCUGGCUGUCAUUUUCCAGUCGACAAAAUGACCCCGUCACAAAAAUUUCAGGAUACACUUUUCCCCCUAGGAUGCAGUAUUAACAGCUGUUUUCUGCCUUGACAGAGUGAAAUUGUCGUAGCUGCUGAAAGAAGUUCAACUAAAGCUCGACUUAGUGGAAGGCUUUUUCUUUACACCUUCUAAUUAUCAUUCUGUGUUUCGAAGAAUCUCUUCGAUGAAGUAAUCCCGAGUUUUGUGCACCAGUAAUUUCUGAAAGCAGAACAGCAUAACAAACCUGCUCCUGACUUAGUAUAUGAACAAUACUAAACUUUUUAAGAAGUUAAUCAUGCCUUUUAAAAUUAGUGUAAUUUUUAAGAUGUUCAUGUUAAAUGGAAUAAUGAGGAAAAUUUUUUCUAAAUCUUCUGCAGCUUUUGGCCAUUAGCUAUUUAACAGUUGCAUGACAGCAGAUAUAGUCUUAUUUUUUUAAAAAAAAUAUUCCAACAGACUCGGAUUUAAUAUAUUGGAGAACAAAGCCAAGAAGAAUCGUAAAUGUGAAUUAUACAAAACCAGCAUCAAUAAAAUAGAUUUUAUCUUUAUCUCUAUUA